ACGGAAAUAGAAAAGAUCAGUGCUGCCUGUCAGUGAGCAGAGUCUGUAACGGAGUUUAAAACCAUUAAAAAUGUCAUUAUUAUGUCUGUAGGAGACUUUAAUGGGAAAAGACAGCUGCUGUUCAGUGUUGUGAUGGUCAGAAGAUGAACUUCAACAGGACUGUCCUGGUGACCGGAGGCUAUGGAUUCAUUGGCUCCCAUCUUGUGUGUUCGCUGGUCAACAGACACUCUGACUGGAGAAUUAUCAACCUGGAUAAUUUUGAUUACUGCUGCAGCCUCAGGAGUCUGGAGAGCGUUGAAGACAGAGCAAACUACACCUUUAUCAGGGGAGAUGUGUGUAACUCACGUCUGGUGAAUCACAUUUUCAACACAGAAAACAUUGAUGUGAUCUUUCACCUGGCGGCCAAAACGCACGUCGAGUCAUCGUUUGAAACUCCGUCUAGUUUCCAGCGUGUUAACAUCGAUGGGACCAGAGUUUUACUGGGAGCCGCCCAUCAGGCUCGACACCAGCCACAGCGCUUCGUCUACGUCAGCACUGACGAGGUGUACGGUGCCAGUCUGGAUCAGGUGUUUGAUGAGAGCAGUCCAGUGAGGCCCUCUAACCCGUAUUCUGCCACUAAAGCAGCUGCAGAGUACCUGGUCAGAUCCUACUGGGAUAAAUAUAAGUUUCCGAUCAUCAUCACCAGAAGCAACAACGUCUACGGACCCAGACAGUACACUGAGAAGGUCAUUCCGAGGUUUCUCGCUCUCUUACAAAUCAACAAAAAAUGCACCAUCCAGGGAACGCUCCCUAAAUCCCGCCAUUUCCUGUUUGUUGAUGACGCCAUCAACGCCCUCCUGCUGGUUCUGGAGAAAGGGAUUGUGGGAGAAAUCUACAAUGUGGGAACAAGCUGUGAGAUUCCCAUCGUGCAACUGGCCAGGGAACUUAUUAAAAUGGUGAAGAAUGUGCCGGACUCUGAGGUGAACGACUGGCUCGAAUUUGUGCCUGACAGGCCGCGUGUCGACCUGCGCUACCCCAUCACAUGUGAGAAGCUGCAGCAGCUGGGCUGGAGAGCGGAGGUGUGCUGGGCUGAAGGCAUCAGACAGACUGUCAAAUGGUACCAAGACAACCCAGACUACUGGCUAGACGCGAGCAACGACCAACAACAAAUCAAAAGCAACCUCGAAGAAGCCGCCAACAAAUAAGUGGGCUCACCUGUCCCCUGCCGCUUGACUGACAGGACGCAGAGUGAACUGAGACACUGAGUUAUUUUCUACAAAUAAAUGAUUUCACAUGACACAACUUAUUUACAUCUCAACUAACAAAUACUGAACUCAUGAGCAAACGUCAGUCUCACUGUUUUUUAUUCUUGACUCUCUAUAAAUGAUUGUUGGACCAACGGGCCCUGAAGUGCCAGACGACAGGAAGGCAGCGCCUCCCUUCAACCAAAGUUUUACCUGGAAAUGAAUGCACUUUAUUUUGAUAUCAAUGACAGAUUCAGCUGAUGUUAACAUGCAUAGCACUUGUGUCCUGAAUGUAUGGUGAAAUUUCUGAAUGACUUUGGGAAGCAUUCACAUUCAUCUGUCACAUAUGUUUCAAGCUGUAUGUUAAAAUUAGAGUUGUGACUGAUCUUUUUACACUUUGAAACCUGGGCAAAUUGGCUUUAAAAAACUUGGGAGGGCGAGAAGCAACUUGACAAGAA